UAACAUUUCGUGUAGUCCCUCUCGAUCCAUGGUCACCUCUUCUUCAAAGAAACAUUUGAUUGCACAUAAAACCCCUCAAAAUCCCGCCUUUUAGUUUCAGUUCACUUCCAAUUUCUGCUGCUUGUAUUUUUUUGUUCUUCUCACUGUUCAUUCCUUUUGAAUUUAUCACUCAAUUUUAGCAAUGGAAACCGAUGAAUCGGAGCGAGUCGUUCCUUUUCAGCUUCAAUUUGAUAAACCAGCGCCUUCCCAGAUAAAAAUGGCGGAGUGGAAUCCGGAAAAAGAUUUAUUGGCAAUGGUUACGGAGGACUCUAAAAUUAUAUUGCACCGCUUCAAUUGGCAGCGGUUGUGGACCAUUUCACCUGGAAAGUGUAUAACAUCGUUAUGUUGGCGUCCUGAUGGUAAAGCAGUAGCAGUUGGCCUUGAAGAUGGAACCAUUUCAUUGCAUGAUGUUGAAAAUGGGAAAUUGUUGAGAGGCGUGAAGUCCCACAGAGUUGCUAUAGUUUGUCUUAACUGGGAGGAGGAUGAUGGAUGUGGAGAGGAUGGAGACAAUACCGUGUCUUAUGAAGACCGCACAUUGCGUUUCUUCGCUCCUGCUCCAAGGAUCCCACGGAUGCCUGGAGUAGUAUCCGGAGAUUCCACUCUUAUGGAUAACUCUGAAGAACCAUUUCAGAACUCGCUAAAUACUUCGCAUCAACGUUUUAACAUUCUAUGCAGUGCAGAUAAAGAUGGAGACAUUUGCUUUAGCAUAUUCGGUAUAUUUCCCAUUGGAAAAAUAAAUAUACACGGUUUGUCUCUUCCUGUAACGGGUGAUCAAGUAGCUUGCCAGAUCCUUGAUGCUUCCAUUUAUAAAGUUGCUUUGUCAAAGGAUUUUUGUCGCUUGAUCAUCUUAUGCUCUGGAGAAUACUCUAGCGGUAGUAGUGAAACCACUCGCGGAUUGUCUGGACAUAAAACCCAGGGUAUGCAUUGCUUGGUGCUGGACACCUGUAUUUUCCAGAAGAGGAAACAAGAGCUUCAUCAAGUAGCUCAACAGGCCUCCAACAUCGAAGAUUUAACUGAGGUCAUUCGAGCAUCACUUUCAAUGAUGUAUAAGCAAUGGUGUGAUGCCAUGCAGAUAUUCCAUGACAAAUUCCAUUCUCUAUCUACAUUAAUUGCUAGCAACGGACUGGACUCGUCUCCUCAGGAAGAGUUCCUGAGCCUUUUAGGAGGCGCUCGAACUAGUCCACCUGUUCAUCAAUUUCUGGUCAAUUCUCUUGGUGAAUCGGGACUCAAGCGUGUAAUGAAGGCUGUAUCUAAUGCAGGAAAUGAACUUCAGCUUAUUCUCCUUGAUCAUAUCCAGCCUGCAGCAGAAAUUAUUGGAUUUAGAAUGGGAGAACUAAGAGGUCUUUCAAGGUGGCGGGCACGCUAUGGGGGCAUUGGCCUCGAUGAGAAACUUAUUGAUAAUGCAACAGAAAAAGUAGGAAUGCUGCUUGUACAAGUAGUUCGUUUUGUGCAGAUUCUUGCGUCUGUUUCUCAGCAGUACUCAAAUUUUUCUAGCUGGCUGUUAAGGUGUAUAAAGAUACUUAUGUCAGAACCAAGUGAUCAGCUUCCAUCAUACAACAGUGAACUCGUGAUUAUGUUUCUAAAGUUUCUCUAUGAUCGGGAUCCAGUAAAGCUGCUCUUGGACCAAUCUGCGGUUGAUCAUAAUGUACCCAUCAAUUUGGAUACAAAACAACGCGUUGAAGAACUUGUUAAACUAGGAGGAUUUGCUGAUACUGAUUGCCUAAGCAGAACCUUGGCUAAGGAAUUCCAGUUUAUGGAAUCCAGUUUCAAGGAGGCUUUCAAUAUGCCCUAUACUACCAUUUCGAAGGAGAUAGUUUGUGAGCAGAUGCUGCCUCUCUAUCCCUUCGAAUCUUCACCACCAUCCACCUUUGGCAGUGUUCCAACAUCAAUAUCAUUCUACUGGGAUGCUGCUCCUGAUGUUUUAACACGUGAAACCAGUGGAGAAAACCUUGUGGAUUACAUCACUUUCCAAGUACCUGAGUGGUGCUCAUCAGAUGUUUCAAAUUGUAUUUGCAUACUACGAGGAGUUAUAAGUGAAGCGGACAAUAUUAGAAACAGAUAUACUACACUUGAAGCCUUGUUGCUAUCUGUGUCAAAGGAUUUGAAUUGCGUGGAUCUAUCUCUGUAUAAAGAACGUCAGAUUGUUUUGCUGUUGAAUGGAACCACUUCUGAUAGCAGUGGACAUGCGCAACUCAUGAUGGUUCAAACAAGCGACCUUCCAUUUGUACCUAUAUCAAGAUCAACCAGUCAAAAUAUUUGGAAUUUAGAACAGUUGCAGGACUCUAUCUUGCCUUUUCAAAUGGAGGGUGCAAAGGUUCGAAGUAUCCCUCACAAUGUGGUUCCACCUCUUGCAGUAAGUUCAUCCAGAGGUGUGGGUUGUGUUUUUGCUUCUAGAAAACGAGCUUUAGUUUAUAUUCUCGACGAAGAUGAGGAGGAAGAAGAAGCUUCCGAUAUGGAUUGAUAGUUGAUCAUCCAAUGCUGUGUUGGGACUUCUCGGAGGAAAAAAGGGGGCACCAGUGCUCAAGCCUCAAGCCCCAUCAUUGGAGGGCAAUUCAACAACAUUUAACUAUACAGCAGGGUGACUGAAUAUGUGGUCUGUGUGAUCCGAAAACUGCUUCUGAAUUAUUGAAGAGCACAUAUCAGAAAUGAUCAGAUUUUGUCAAAGUUCUAUCACCAAGGAGAAGAAUUACUAUCGCAUUAGAUAUGCAGUUGAAGUCGUGAAAUUACAAUAGAAAGUAGUGUGAUUUAUGCAGAUAAUUUUUCUCCCUUCAAUGUCAUCUUCGAUAAUGGUGAGAGCUCCUUGUUUCAAUGUACAGUACAUGUGGUUUUAUUAACAAUCAAUCAAAUUAUUGUAUUUUGCUUGUAGUAAUGACAUCUAAAACGUGAACAUCGAAGAUGGGUUUAUCUUCCUAUGCAAUAAAUCUGUUGUUUGCCAUGGCAGCUUCACU